AUGGCUUUCGCUGCAUCGGAUGAGUUGUUGGGCACGUUCGUCCCCGUUGCAGUCUACUGGGUGUACUCCGGCAUCUACGUCUUGCUCGGCGAUCUCGAGAACUACAGAUUGCACACCAAAGCCGAAGAGAACGCGAAGAACAUCGUCUCCAAAUGGACAGUCGUCAAAGGCGUCCUCCUUCAGCAGGCUUUCCAGAUCGCCGUUUCCCUUCUCCUGUUCACCGUCAUCAAGGACGAAAGCGGAGCAGCAAGGCCUCAACCCUCAGUGCCGGUGAUCAUCGCCCAGUUCAUCGUCGCCAUGUUUGUGCUGGACACAUGGCAGUACUUCAUGCACAGGUACAUGCACGUCAACAAGUUCCUGUACAAGCACGUCCACUCCAAACACCACACCCUCGUCGUCCCCUACGCCUUCGGCGCGCUGUACAACCAUCCGCUGGAGGGGCUACUGCUCGACACCAUCGGCGGAGCGCUCGCCUUCCUCGUCUCCGGCAUGACGCCGCGGACCGGCAUCUUCUUCUUCUCCUUCGCCACCGUGAAGACCGUCGACGACCACUGCGGGCUGUGGUUGCCGGGGAACCUGCUCCACGUGUUCUUCAGCAACAACAGCGCCUACCAUGACGUCCACCAUCAGCUCUACGGCAGCAAGUACAACUUCUCGCAGCCCUUCUUCGUGAUGUGGGACAAGAUUCUGGGGACCUACAUGCCCUACUCGCUCGAGAGGAGGAAGGAGGGAGGUUUCGAAGCCCGGCCAAUCAAACUCAAGAGCUGAUGAAUCAUCGAUGCCUUCCUUGGAUUUCCAACUAAAACAUUUGUUUUGUAUUCUACUUAUAUAUUGCAGCGAUUGCUGAUAAAUAAGAAACGUCUUUUCUUGUAA